AUGAUACCUGCGAAAAGAAAGUUAAUGUCGACGGAUGACGCACACGACGCAUUGGCUCUGCUUGAGGCGAAUUUGAAGUCGCACCCCGCUAAUGAGCGAGAGGAUGAUGAGGAAACAGGAAUUGUGAGGGUGGAAGAGUUAAAACAGAAGCACGAGGAAGAGGAGGAGGAGGUGCUGGUGUUGGAAGAAAAUGAAGAAGAAGAAGAAGAAGAGGCGGAGGAGAAGGAAAAGCAGCAGCAAUUGACCCCGUGGGAUCGUCUUUACGAAGAGGGUUUGAAACGUGAGGCACGACGACUGGAAGUGUUUGAAAAGGCCACGGCAGACAGAGUGGCAAGAGCCCUGUUUGAUCAGCAGUGCAACACGGCGGGCAGGAGCAAUACACAAAGCUGGAAUAAAGAUUUUGCUGAUCGACAGCAGAGAUGGCUGGACACGAAGGAAGAACGUGUCCGACGGCUACGGGAGGAGGCGGAGAUAGCCGAGCUACGAAAGCUUCAGCCGCCUGCGAUCAACGAAGCUUCCCAGCAAAUGGCAGAGAAGGCGGGGUACGAGGGCCCGAUACGUGGGUGGGAGUCGCAUUUUGCUCGAUAUGCUCUUCGAUUUGCCGAGAAUUCGUUUGUUCCAACGCAUAUGUUUCGUCCCAACAUUAACAUAAACGCCCACCAUUCCGAGGAGACGGUGAGAGACAUCGGGGAGCGCCUGUACAAGGAGGACGUACAGAGGCGACAAGGACGACUGCGUGAGCUGAUGAUGAAAUACCAACGGAGUGAACUUAUUGACGGUUGCACGGGAAAGCCGUACUUUACGCCGUGUAUUUCUUGGAAGACGGAGAUGGCGAGGAAAAGGCGGAGUGAGCAGAGGACUCGCAGUGCCGCCAGGGCCACAGAGAUGCUAUAUAUAAAAGCACGGGAGCGGUAUAACAAAGUAGCGGAGCCCCCGGUGGAUUCAAACUCCUUCACGCCAGAAAUAUGUCGACUUUCUCGUAAAAUGGCCGAAAGGCGAAAAGCACGCAGUGAGAAACGGCCGGAUGUUGUACCAAAAACUUUGACGCCGCCUGAGAAGAAGUCUAAACUGAAAUUAGGAGAGUUUCUUUCAAGAGAGGAGGCCUGCCUAGCGAGGCGAAGACAGAAGAUGGAAAGGGUGGAGCGUCAGCUCUUGGAAAGGCAAGAAGAGGAAUGCACGUUUAUUCCCCGCAUUAACAAGCGAAGCGUGGAGAUAUUUGAGGGGUCUCAGCAACGCUACGGCAGUUCUUCGCCCCCAAUGGAGAUGACACACCCGGGCGCCAUUCAACUGACACCUCCAACUGAAGGGGCAGAGACGUAUGAAAGGGACCAUUUUAUAAGUGAUGCCAUUUCGCCUCUUCUCUACGAAAGCAGCGCCGCAUCCACGUCCCCUCUGAUUCGUAUCGAUAACGACGGAUCCCGGCUUAUAAAUGAGUUUGAACACAAAAUGAAAGAGCUUUUAAACGAGUGGCGAAGUAUUGAGCGUGUGUAA